UGUCAGCCAGGAAGCGCCAGUUGCCCUGUUUGCUUGCAGUUAAGGGCCUGAAGCGAGUGAAGCGUUCAUGAGGGAGAUCUUUACCAGAGUGGGGAAUAAGCCAUGCUCCCCCCACCUCUAAGAAUGCAAGGGCUAGGCUCGCCUUGUGCUCUGAAGCCACACAGCUUUUGUGCCUCCAACUGCAAAAAGCCUUAUCUCCCUGGCAACAUACGGAGAGGGUUGUUUAGCGAAGACUGAGGAUCAAAAGAAACUUUCGCCUGGGAUAAACUCUGCUGGUGUCCAGUCUGGAUGAAAAGCAUCUGUAGCAGAUAGACUUAAAUGUUGCCCUGGCUUCCCGCUGCUGAUUUUCUGGCCCUGGAAGUGAACGGAAAGUCAAAUCGGUUGCCUUGACCUCAAAGCCUCAUACGUUUGGUGUGAUGAGGCCAAACAGUUCUCAGAGAAGUAAUACAAUGUGGAAUUCCGAUGCCUGCAACUGAGAAAUGAAGAGAGACACGAGCUGAUAGGCAAGAGGUUGUGGAUCUGAGAAUUCAGGAUGGCCCACACACUGACCUUCACCUUUGGCCCUGAGAAUGGCAGCCAGGCCCCAAGUCCCUAUGAUGAAGGAGCUGUGCACGACUCCUUCCACCAGCUAAUCCAGGAGCAAAGCUGGCUGGCUGAACGGGAGAUGGUGGAGAUGGAGGAGAUGACAAAUGUGGCUUCCAGAGGAAGAGAGAAUCUGGCCUAUACGGCUUCUCCUGCCCGCCGGAGUGACGCUUGGGAAGCGACAGAGGAACACCCUGGCUUCUCCUCAGCUACGCUGCGCAUCCUAGCCAGUAUGCCCAGCCGUACAAUCGGUCGCAGUAGAGGAGCCGUCCUCUCCCAGUAUUACAACCGCACUGCCAGGCUGCGUCGUAGGAGUGCCCGGGCCCCAUUGCAAGAAGUGUCCCGCUCCGCACGGCCAAGCCUCCGGCAGCUUGGAAUAGAGCUGGAUUCCAGUCACGAGGAAGAGAAUACCAAGCGCAGCCUGCUGGUGAAAGAACUCCAGAGCUUGCCAGCAAAUCAACGCGUUAAUAUGUUGCAAAACAUGCCUCUAAGCCUGGCAGAGAAGCGUAGCCUCAGGCAGGAUUCAAGUGGGCAUUCGGGUACCUUGAGGAAACCCAAGACAACAGCUCCCUUGUCACAUUGCAGCCGGCUUAAAUACUACAUCAUCAUAGGGUUCCGAAAUCUCUGGUAUAGUUUGCUGUCCUUCCUUCAUGCUCUCCAGCCCUGGCAUUAUUCCCUUAAGCAGAUCAGUGGUCGCUUUGGAUCCAGCAUUCUCUCCUAUUUCGUGUUCCUCAAGACCUUGCUCAUGUUCAAUCUCUUUAUAUUCCUCAUCCUGCUAGUCUUUGUGGUUGCCAUGCAGGCUGCUUACCCUCCUGCCACACCUAACAACAUAACCUUCACAGGUCUUGAGCCCCUUACUGGAGCGGGCUACUUCAGUCACACGCUGAUGUAUUAUGGCUACUAUAGCAAUUUCACUCUGAAUGAUCCAUGUGCUUCUAGCUCUAAUACCCAACGUUGCCAGCAAUCCAGGGAUGUCCGUCUGCCGUACAAUAUGCCAUUGGCUUACGUGUUUGCCAUUGGGGUCUCCUUUAUUGUGACAUGCAUUCUAUUGGUGUACAGCAUGUCUCGUUCCUUUGGAGAAAGCUAUCGUGUGGGCAGUGCCUCUGGCGACCUGGCAAUUAAAGUCUUUUGUUCAUGGGACUACAAGGUGAUCCAGGCACGCUCUGUUCGAAUUCAGAGUGAAAACAUCUGCACUCAACUGAAAGAGUGUCUAGCUGAGCAACAGUCCAAGUCACACCCAUUAAACCUGUGUAAGAGACUGCAGAAGUUGAUAGUCCUGCUGCUGGCCUGGAUGAUAUCGCUGGGCACAGUUAUGGGUUGUGUCAUUGCCAUCUACUACUUCUCGGAAUACAUUCACCAGGUUCACCAUGACAGGCUCGCAAGAAGCAUCCAGACUGGGAAUGAAGCCUUGCUCCUGGCCUUGCCUCUGCUGGUCUCUCUGAUCAACUUGCUCAUGCCGUACAUGUACAACCUCUUGGCUGCUUGGGAGAAGCAAGAGUCUCCAGUCCUCGAGGUAUACAUAGCCAUCUGCAGGAACUUAAUCCUGAAAAUGGUUGUUUUGGGCCUGCUGUGUUACCAUUGGCUAAGCCGGAAAGUGACAUCCUCAAAGAUCAAGUGUUGGGAGACUUUUGUGGGGCAGGAGCUGUACCGUUUGGUAGUGAUGGAUUUCAUUUUCACCCUCUUGGACACCUUUUUUGGAGAGCUGAUUUGGAGGAUUAUUUUGGAGAAGAAAAAGCAGAGUAAGCAGAGGCCAGAGUUUGACAUCGCUAGAAAUGUGCUGGAGCUGAUUUAUGGACAAACCCUGACCUGGCUGGGGGUUUUCUUUGCUCCACUCCUCCCGGCUGUCCAAAUUCUCAAGUUGCUGCUCCUGUUCUAUAUUAAGAAGACCAGCUUGAUGAGAAAUUGCCAGUCUCCCAGUAAACCCUGGCGUGCAUCUCACAUGAGCACCAUCUUCAUCUCUUUGCUGUGCUUCCCUUCAUUCCUUGGUGCAUCCGUAUUCCUCUCCUACACCAUCUGGUCAGUGAGACCAUCGAAGAUAUGUGGGCCCUUCCAAAGCCUGGCAACUAUCUAUGAUUCUGCAAAGUUGUGGGUCACACAGCUGGAGAAAUCUAACCCAAACCUUACUUGGUUUACAUGGAUCCAUCAGCACAUGAUUCAAAACACCUUCUUCCUGUUUGUCAUCUCUGGAAUUUUACUAGCUGUGAUCUACCUCAAUAUUCAGGUGGUCAAGGGUCAACGGAGAAUCAUUUCCCUGCUGAAGGAGCAGAUUGCCAAUGAAGGGGAAGACAAGACAUUCCUCAUCCAGAAGCUUCAUGCUGUAUAUGGGAAAUGAGAAUGCAGCAAAUGAGGAUGAGCUGAGACACCAGAGGGCACAAGACGUCAUUCCCUCCCAUCAGAGAGAAGAACUUCAGAGCAAACAGAGGUUGAAGAUCUUUCGCUAAGAGCCAUUCUGGGAAGAGAGGAAUAUAAAAGGAGCAAUAAAAGAAACUGGAAAAAAAAUAGGUGUGUGCUGCAAGCGGCUGAGUGGUGCACGAGAACCAUUAUCUUGAUUAUAAAAUCACCACCGCCAUUUAGCACUGCCAGUAACAAAUUUCCCUUUCAGUCCAGCAGUUCCUGGCUGAACAUGCAAGAUGAGCCGUGCGCUCUGCCUGAAAUGCUGCCUGUGUGCUGACAGUAGAGCAUAAGUGUUGGACUCUCCAAACAUGUCCUCAGGGUCCCAUGCUGCAGAAAACUUCGGCCUGCAGUUGUUGGACUUCAAAUGAGCUUCACAGAAACCUUUGAUGCAAUUAAUUCCUUUCCUAGUGUUUGGUGGUGGUCCCAGCUUCAGCAGACAGGCAAAUGGAAAGCUUCCUUAUAUUAGAUCCCAGGAUUCCUAAACUACUUGAAUGAUAGCGAAGCUGAUGGUUUUCAGAAGAGAAGAAUCAAACUGACUGAACUUCUUUUGAGCUUAAUUACUUUUUUGAUCCUGGGGUUUCGAUAGUGAAUUUAUUGGGUUAUAGAUGUACACUAUGAACAUUAUAACAGGGGUUGUUUUUUUCCCCAUAAGGACCAUCAUUCACUGCUUUUAAAAACAAUGUUAUUUUUUGCAAAUUUGUCAUUUAAAUAAGGGUGUAAAAACCA